AUUAAGAAUCAUGCACACAGAGACAGUAAAAUAAAAUAUGAACUUGGAUUUCCACUUUCACCAGAUGUUACAUUUGAAGAUAGUUUAGCCAAUGAGUUAAAAGAUAAUAAUUUAGGCCUAUUACUACAUGUUGGUUCGGCAUAUAUUAAUAAAUCUUCAUUAGAGACAUAUUGCUAUGAUGAAGAACAUAAACAAUUUAAUAAUACUUCAUCAUAUGACCUUCGUAGUAAAUCUAAUUCUAUAUAUGACUUAUCCAAACAUAAUCGACUUGUUGCUUGUGGCUUAGACUGUUUCAACAUCACUACAGAAUAUAAAAUAAUUUUUCAAAGUCUUUUACAUUCAUGGACUGAUCCAAUCCGAUUGGCUAAAGAGAAAUAUAAUGUUGAACAAUUUUUACAUCAAAUGAUGCCUUGUACAUAUUCCAGAAAAAGGUUUUAUGAUGAUUAUGAGGAAGAAAGUUACAAGAAAAGUAAACAAGAAUGA